AUGCAAAAGCUUGGCUUUAGAAAUUUCCUCACAAUACUUUUCGUUGAGCGCAAUACCUGUUGCAAAAUGCAUCAGGCUAUGCGCCUUCCACAGUUUAUGGUAUUCUUGUUUGUUUGGUCAUCCCAAGUCGGUGCAAUAUCGUCGUCGCAUGGCGCAUAUGAUGAGAAUACGAAUCAAAUGAGGCAACAAUCACCCUGGAAUAGUAGCUGGCUACCCAGAAAAGCUACAACUAACAGUGGCGUCAACCAUUAUGCUCUAAUUGAGUACUACACAGAUUCUGUACUCUUCGGUGGCAUGUCAACGUUCGAUGUUUAUGGUAUGAAAAAUGUCAAUCACCAAAUAAGCUCAUCACACAUGUGUGUGAUCAAUCAAGGGAAGGACUUCAGUAGUCAUAAUGCUGCAAUAGCUGGAUGGACGGUUAGCCCAUCCGAAUAUGGUGAUAGCAAAACACACUUCUUUACACGAUGGACGGUUGAUGGGUAUAAGUCAACUGGAUGCUAUGACUUGAAAUGCGAUGGUUUUGUGCCAGUACAAAAUGCGCCUAUCACUCCAGGAGACACUCUAGACCACAAAAACGGAAAACUUAAGAUCACAAUCAAGAUAUUCAAGAAGAAAGAUGAUGGUGACUGGUGGUUGUACUUUGGUUAUGAUAAUCAAAGCCUUAGAGCUGUUGGAUUCUGGCCCAAAAGUAUCUUUAAUAAUAUGGCAGACCAUGCAAAUAUUGUAGAGUGGGGUGGUUACACAUUCUCUAAUUCCGGGAGUGCUAGUCCUGCAAUGGGCAGCGGCCACUGGCCUGGGAUACAUUCUGCAACUGUUCAAGAUGUUAGAUUUGUUGAUGACACUGGUAGAGGCUACAAAAUUGAUCCAUGGCCCGGGGGCCUUGUUGCUUCUAUCUCCCACAAAAAAUGCUAUGGAGCCGUUCUAUCUGUAGACGAAAUGUUUUACUAUGGCGGACCUGGUGGUUGUACUAUGUAG